GAUGGACGGCCAGAAGUCCGCUAACAACAGCAACAGUGGCACUAAUACGUCUUGGAAAAUUGGAUAAAAAUGAUCAUCAAAGUCGUUCAAUGUUGGAUUUAUCAUCAUCGUUUGUGCAAAGUCUCCGAAAAGACACCGAGGUUCCAGGCCGCACGACAAAUCCUCUGAGAGGGCCACGGUCGCACGGAUCCCCUGCCUGGAACGGCGCAAGCGUUAGCUUCCCGUCGAAACGAAAAACCCAAGUGACUGAUGCCGUUUCUUUUCACCUCCACGUCCGACCGCUUUUCCUUGAGCGGGAACAAUCUGUUCCACAAAGACGCGGCGGCGGGGCCGCGUUGAUCCUCCGCCAGCCGCUUCUCCGGGUUCUUCCGUCGUGCCUCAGCUUGUCCACCGAAGCUCCCCGGGGUUUUGGCAACGACAAAAAAAAAGAAGAAAAAAAGGAAACGCCAACUGGCGGAGCCGUGAAAAGAGCACUGCUGUUUGGAGCAGCCUUUUUUUAAAAGGCUGCAUCACAUUGAGAAACAAGCAGCAGCAGCAGCACGUGUCGCCCGAGCGGCGGCACUAAUCCCGCAGAACAGUUAUGUUUUGUUUGUGUCAGUUUGCACUUUUUAGGCCUCAACUGUUUUGUUUCCACCCACCAGAUUUGUCUCACUUGUUCGAUGUCAGUCACCAGGGAACAUCUUUGACCUGAAUGCGGACGUUUCCCUGGAACCCGCUCGCCGCCCUGAGGCUGUUGAGCUUUGUGCCUGGCGGCGGCGGCGGCGGCGGCGGCGGCGGCGGCGGCGGCGGCGGCGGCUGCUUGGUUGCAGUUGCCAUGAAGUCACAACACUUUGACGGCGCGGCGAUUCAACUGGAGUUGGACAAAUACCUGCCGCAUGUCCACAGUCCUCUCAUGGCGUCCUCCAACGACAUCGGCGACAAAAAGUACCGGCGGGAGAGCGCCUCCGUCGUCGACGAGUACUUCGCCGAGGACAAGCCCGCCGCGCCGUACAGCCUCAACAUCAACCUCAUCCUCCCCAGCACCACCCACCUGCGCACAGGCCUCUACAGGCACAACACCAAGACCCUCACGCCGCAGCAGAUCAAGACGGAACCCGGGCUGGAGGUGCCCUGCUCCCACUCGGCCACGCUCACCCAGGCCCUGCCGGACUUCACCUCCGUCUUCAGCGUGCCGCCCGUGGUCAACAGCGUCUUCAUCAAACCGGACAUGAGCUCCGGGGGCGUGGCCUGCGCGGCCGCGGGGUCUGAGCAGCAGCCGCCGCACCUGGGCACGGAGCUCCACAUCGGCCCCCCGGCCCCGCAGUCGCAGGUCUACCACAUGCCCCUCAACAGCUGCGUCGACAUCGCCCUGUCGCACUCCAGCCCGUCGUCGCACGGCCCCGCGGGCAACAGGACCAUGCUGAGCCUCGGCGGCGGCGGCGGCGGCGCGCUGGCGGCGACCAACGGCAGCUACAUGAUGGCGGAACACCAGCUGCAGCAGCAGCAGCAGCAGCAGCAGCACGGUUACUACCAGGCCGCGCUCAACUCAUCCCAGCACACGGCGCCGCACAGCCUGCCGCCCUCCCCCCCCAACUCCCAGCCCGGCAGCCCAGAUGGCCAGGCGGAGCUGCUCAGCUUGGCGUCCCAACCCCCGCCUCCGUACCAGCAGCGUCUGGGAGGCCUGAAGGUGACGGGCUUGUCCCCGCACGCUCUGCUGAUGACACACGGCCAGGGCGUCCUGACGGGUCCCAAGUACAACAGGCGGAACAACCCCGAGCUGGAGAAGAGGAGGAUCCACUUCUGUGACUUCCCAGGCUGCUCCAAAGUUUACACGAAGAGUUCCCAUCUGAAGGCGCACCAGAGGACACACACAGGCGAGAAGCCGUACCGCUGCACGUGGGAGAGCUGCGACUGGCGCUUCGCCCGAUCGGACGAGCUCACCAGACACUACCGGAAACACACCGGGGCCAAGCCCUUCAAGUGCGUCGCCUGCAGCCGCUGCUUCUCGCGCUCCGACCACCUGGCCCUGCACAUGAAGCGUCACCAGAACUGACGCGGACGCGCCCUGUACAUACACACAAACACACACACACACACACACACACACACACACGCACGCAACAAACAUCCGAAACGUUGCAGCCGCAGCAUUAUACCCGGAACAGACGCCGAAACCAAAAUCAUCCCUGUGUACGCCUGCGGUUUCCCCCUCCGGCGCUCCACGCGAACAGGCGUCGAGUGACAGCAGGAUUUCUAGUGCGACGCCUCCGAACCCCUUUCGUAACGGUACGGUAGUUUCGGAAAGGCGGGGGCGCUCGUCCCCGCCGCUGCGCCUACUCAUUGAUCAGGGUUCUCGUUCCAUCAGUGGACGGACCCGAGGGAGACCUGAGUGAGCCGCGCUCGCGCGCGAUCUGGGAUCUCCCGGUGACGUCCCGUUCACCCAGGUCGUAGUCAUCCACGAGGUGGCGUUGGAUCGGGGGCAACCGGACUCGGCCUAUUUCCCGCGGUGAUAUUCCUCUGCGGCGGGCGGGGAGACGCCGGAUCGGGCUGGAUCAGAGGGGUCAGCCGGUGGGGAAGUGUGGCCAACAGUGAGGAACUGUCCUGUUAGCCAAUGAGAAGUAAGGACUUACCUGGAAGUGCGUCCAGGUAUUCGCGAACGCCAUGGAUGUGUGUUGUGUUGUGUCAUGCAAUAUCCCGCGGCGUUUAGCUUGAGAGCGACUCCGGGUUCUCGUUUUUGUUUCCCUUUCCGAGAUAAUGCGGAAGCGCCUGCUGUCGGUCAACGCGGCGUUUCGCCGAGGUCUUAGCACCAGAGCUCUUCAUCAACCGGGCGGGCAGGGAUGAUUUUGGUGUUUGAUAAAACAAACAAAAACAUGUGAUAUACACACACACACACACACACACACACACUUACAAACAUCGCAGUGGUUACAAUGUGUUGUCAGGCUCCCUACACUGGAUCGGAGACUCCUCCUCCUCCUCCUCGUCACACUCUCUCCGUCUUUGAAUAACAGCAACAAAAUCAACUUUUUUUUCCCCCUUUUUUUUUUAUUAUUCUACAAAUCAUGCUGCCAACUUCCCCACCACCGUGGACACUCUCGACACCGUCUUUCGUCAUUUGGAGGUACGAACUUUCAAGGACAGGUGGAGACGCCUCUGUAAAUAUUUUGUGAAUAACGUGUGCAUAUGUGUGUCUGAGAUUGCAACGAAUGUAUCGAGAUUCAUACUUGACGUCUUCUACCCCCCCCUCUUUUCUUUUCUUUUGUACGUUGAAUGUCCACGUGAGUCACGUUCCGUGUCGAAAUCUGCCUUCAGUUGUCCGCAAAUAAAAGAGGAAACAAACGAUCAACGCGCACACACGCGAUCAAGACCGAACUCUCCACGGAAAAGUUAACAAUCGCCUCGUCAGGCCUGUUCCAGCACAGGUAAUACCUGCCGAGCUCAGAGUCGCCGAGCAAUUUGCCAAUGUUUGUAUCCAUGACAUUACCUGUUGCCCCGGCGACCGAUCUCCCUUUGAUGACGGCUUGCGGUUGGCCCGCAGCUCCUAUUCAGCGCUCGAGUCUUUAUCCUCUCCCGUAUUUGUUCAACACCUCAACCCCACGAAAGGGAGAGACCUCUUACGUAAUCGUACCGGAUUGUUCCAGUGGAACGUGGCGGAGCGGAUCCGACCCGCAGAGGUCCGUUGGUGUCAACUGGGCAAAUAGCUGGUUGCCGUUCGUUUGAUUUUUUUUAUGACAUUAAUUAUAUGUUGUGGCCUCUGCAUUCUUUUGGGUUUCAAAAAAAAAAAAAAACUUCUCCUCCAGCCCACGCAUUUCUCUUUUUUUUUCUUUUUUUGUUGGUUCUGUGGCGUAGCUGCUGCUCUUUGCCAAGGAAAACAGAUUUCCAAGAGGGGGAACACAUUUUCAAAAUUGCACUGUUCAAAUGGAGAGUUUGAUCCCGUGGACUUUUUCAAAUUGUCAUUAUCUGGGAAAAUGUGACCCAGGAAUGGAUUGGAAGUUUGAAAUCCUAUGUUUUUCUGACUGAAUAAUCAACUUUAUAGUUUUUUUGAGAAACCGACACCUGCUUAGCGAAUCACACGACGAGGACGCAGAGCUACGGCUUUUUCUACUCGUAUCCGCGUCUGAUCAUUUAAAAUGUGUAAAAAAAAAAAAAGAUUAGUAACAAGUCAGGAAACUGAUGCAAAUAUGACACUUUACCAGUUUGCUGUCGGAAUAAUAAUUCAAAAAAUUUUGCAUCUUCCAAUGGAGCUUGGAUUAGUGAUCGGUGACAUAUAGUCCACAGACAUCGCAGAGUCAAAUGAGAAAUAUCAAAACCACGAACUGAACUGAAUCCUCGAGUUUGAAGCCACGCCCCCACGCACCUGAUCUCACCCGAGACCGUUUCCUUUUCUGUCACGUCACCGCGUGAGCUCAUUCAACUGACGUACGAUGUGCUUGCCACGUUAAAACGUACCAAAGACACUCGCUAUCGAGAAACUAAACUGCUCGUGCAAGUGGAUGUAACGUCUGGAAAACUUCAAGGAGCUCUUUGAACGUCUUUAAUGCGACGCAGCUCCUCUUGGAUCUGACUUUGUAAUUCGCCCCCACAGAAUCCGCGGCCUCUGCAGCUCUGCGCCAGCUGAACAGUGCCACCUACAGGAGAGGAGGUGAACAGCAGCAGCACUUUGCGAAAACCCCUUUCAAUCUGAGGGGCUGCAAGUUGUGACACAACGCAGUUGCUCCUCUCGCCUGUAGGUGGCGAAAGGUCGCCCUGAGAGUCCUCCACGGAUACGGGACGAGCUCUUUUCAGGGCCUUCGCAUCUGUUCCGCCGUGUUUUUUUGUUCUUUUAAAACCUCACGUGCAGGAGCGCAGCUCUUCUUCUUCGGUCGAUUCGAUUGCGAUCGCAGCCGGAACCCUGUUCACGCCGUGCCGAGGGCUGGAGGCCUUGCGCUUCAGGGCUUGAAACGAGCGCCGCGUCCACCGGCGGCCAUUUUUCUUGGAAACUAAUCUCGUUAUUUCAACACUUGUCAUUGUUCUUUUUCUUUCUUCCCAAGGAAACAAGUUCUUCUGUCCUCUCUCUCUCUCUCUCUGACCCCACUGUGUACAUACCUGUCGUUUUAGUUUCUACAAAAAGACUUUGUAAAUAUUUGUUUGGUUUUAUUUCCUAUUAUAUAUUAAUAUUUUUUUUUCUCCCCCCCCACCCCUUUUUUUAUCUAAUGGGAUUUAAGAUCGGUUUUAUUGUGAAUGCUCGUUUAAUUUCGUCUGGUUUUGAUACGUCGCGUGUACGAGAAUUUAUCAGUCAUGUAAAAUGUAUGAGAACAACAGUGGUUUAUUUUAUUGUCUUCCGUUUGUGUAUGAUGCUGCAAUGAGAUAAUAAAAAGAUUGAUGAAAUAA